AUGAAACAGAAUGUGACUCACUCCUAUUAGAUUAUGGACCGAAUUGGUUUCAUUAAGAAUAUGAUAUCCACUCAUUAAAAGAAACUCAUCACUGAACCUAAACGUAGUUCCUCCUAUUUAGAAACCACUUAGACUGAAAUUGUUAGGCGAAGUAGAGAUUCAUUUCAUAAAUAAUAAAGUCAUUUGAAUGAAACAUCUGCAUCUGACUAUUUAAGUAUACAAGAAAGUGCCAACGUCAGAUUGUUAAGAGAGGAACUCAAAAUUACCAAAGGUUUACUGGAUAAGCGAUCAAUUGAGUAGAAUCAAUUGUUGCAAGACAAUCAAGGACUUAGAUCAGAUAUGGUCUAAAUGAAAGAAGAGAAUGAAGAAUUAAAAUAUCAAUUAAAGAAGGUUGUCAGAGAGAAGGAAGAUUAUAGAGAAGAGUUGACAUUUAAGUUGAAAAAGAUAGAGUCGUUGAAUGAGGAGAUUCAAAGAUUGGAGAAAUCUCAAAAUCAAAUGAUCUCUGACUUAAAGGAAGCAAGGGAAGCCAUGUAAAAUAUUAGACAGUAUGAGACUGAAAUUAAGUCAAAGGAAAAAUAACUGUUAAAUGAUUGGCAAAAACUAGAGAAAGACAAGCUUCUACUCAAAGACAGACAAUCUUAAUUGCUAAUACUUCAAGAAUAGUUACAACUGGAAGUUGAAAAUAUUCAAUCUCUUAAAAAUAGAAUCAUUUUGAAGGAGAAAAAGAUAGUUAAUGUUGAAUAAGAAAAAUAAAAUAGAUUAAAGGAAAAAGAGUAAUAACUUUAAUUAAAGGAGAAACUUAUUUCAUUCAAAGAACUCAAGGUGGAAAAAGAGGAGAAAUUAAAAGAUGAAGUAGAUCAGAAAUUAUUAAUUUUGGAAAUGAAUGAAGAUUUAUGGAAAAAAAGAGUUCAGGCAGAAUUUACUAAAAUUAAAGAAGUAUAAUAAAAACUUAAAAUAAUUAAAUGA